AUGUUGAAUUCACACGCGCAUCCACCCUUGAAAGCAGUAACACUUACCCAUGUGAUGUACCAAAGAGGAGAUCAAUUUGGCCAUUUCCUGGCAUGGAUUUCUUUAGUUCCAGUUUUCAUUAGUCUUGGUGGGUUCGUUUCUCAUUUCAUUUUUCGCCGCGAGCUUCAGGGCAUGUUCUUUGCGUUGGGUCUGUUGAUUUCGCAAUUCAUCAAUGAAAUUAUCAAGACAUCGGUCCAGCAGGCCCGGCCAGAAACCUGUGCGCUUCUUGAAAUCCAGAAACCAAUUGUGGGUUGUGGGACUUCUUGUGUGGCCUUUGGCGGUCUUUACUAUGUAUUCGAGGGUGUAUUUGGGGUAUCACACGGUGGCUCAGGUCUUCGCUGGAGCUGCACUUGGGGCGGUGCUUGGUGGAGGCUGGUUUUGGGUGGUGAAUUCUUUUCUCCGGUGCUACUUUCCGACCAUUGA